CUGACUAGAAUUCACAAGUGAGUGCGUUUAAUGAAGCUUCCGUAAACAGAAAAUUUGUGUUGCUGUAAUAUUUCAACCGUGAGUGCAAUUUUAGACAAUUUCAAUGGAAGUAAAUAAUGCAGAAAUAAAAGAUGGCGAAUCGACGCAUCCUCCUCUUGCGAAAACGCCAUCUAUCGUCGAUGCUCCGAAUCGUGCAUUCGACGGAAAUGCAAAAACACCGGAUGCUAAAAAGAAGAGGAGACGAGGGAAACCCAAACGUAAGAUUAUGAAACCGUACACGAAAAUACCAUGGCAAGAUCGAAGGAAAAACGAUAAAACUAAAAGAAAUAACAGAUUCCGUAAAAUCGUAUUGGCUAAAACGCAUGCCCCUUUCAAUAACAACCAGUUUUUGAUGGAGAUACAUAAGCCUGAGCCAGAGAAUAAAUUUACUUUACAAACACCUUCGGCUCGCACACGAGACUCCAGUUUCAGUAUGGAUUCCGAAGAAAAUUACUUUUUCUCUUUACCAGAGGAUGAAGAAGAAUAUUUGACUAAAGAAUUUUCCAGUGUUUACGAGGAUGCUCAGAGUGAAAGACUGUCAGGUAUGUCUAAAAAUGAUCUUAUUCAAGAAUAUCUUUUGCUUGAAGCGAAAUAUGAGAAUCUCAUUAAAAGGACAGAAAGAGCUAAACCCAGGUAUGUAGAGGAUGACAAGGACACUACUGUGACAGAGAAGGAUACAUCAGUCACAGAUAGGGACAGUAUGAUUACUGAUAAGGACACAUCUGCCAACUCGGUGGAGUCAAGUGCAGUAGGUGACACUUCAAUUGAUGAAAUAAUGCAGAAAAUGAAGGAACAAGCAGAUCAAAUCCAGGAAUUACAAUUAGCCAAUGAAAAGCUAAGACUUGAAAAUGAAAGUCUUCGACAAAGGACUCAAGAUUCUUCUAGUGAGGACUCUGAGAGUGAUAGCUCCUCUACUUCAGUGAGCAGCAGUAGCAGUUCCAGCAGAAGCAAGAGUCCUAUGUCUGACGUAGUGCCUGAGACCAAUGGAGAAAUUCCAGAAAAUCCCAAUGAGCAAAAUGGCAUAGCAGAUGAAACAGAAAACCCUUAUGCCAUUGUCAAUGGGUUCCACAGCCCUGGUGAAUAAUUUGAGGCUAAAAAUACAGGCUUUAAGCCAAUUUCUUAAAAAAAUAUUUUGAUUCUUGAAGAUUUUAUUUUUAACAGUAUUUAAACUAUAGAAUAUAAUCACGGCUAAAACUGGGAUUAUAAAUUAUUAAUACAUUACAUUUUUGUUUUAUAUUGUUGUCUUCGCUAUUGUCUUCAAGCACUUGAUGCAAGUUAUGCAUUUAGUUACUUGCCUAUGUUUGCUUAUUUCAAGUGUCCUGUUAUUGUACAAAUUUUGACACUGUGGGAAUGUAAUUGUGAGAUCUCAAUGUUAGAUUUAGUGAAAAAAUUCUGUGAUAUCCUUGUGGAUAUUUUCUCAGUAGUAUUGUUAAUAAGUGUACUAAAAUGUACUAAUUAUUCCAGAUAUAGAUCUCACUUUUAUGUUUAUACAGUGGGUUAAUGUAUGUCUAGUUUUAAGAAAAAAUGUAUGAAGAGUUAUUAUAUGUAUGUAUUGUAGCCCUUUAGACAUAAAUAUUUUAAUGUUAUUGUUGGUUGUUAAGGAUGAGGUGUUUACAUUUUUUUAAAUGAGUUUUAAACCAAAUUGAAUGUGUCAAGUAGAUUUGUAGAUAUAAAUUAAAAUAAGUUAGAAGUAUCAUGGAGCAUGUUUUAACAGGGAGUUUAUAAAAUGAAGAGAUGAGAAGGUAAAUUUUGAUUGAAAUUGAUGUGGAAUAUAUCUGCAAGAUUUAAGUACAUUCUUAUAAAUCUUUACUCAAUUACGUUUAAUUAUUGUAACUUCUUAUCUCUUGGUCUUGAAUUGAUUGUGCCAAAAAGGAGUGACCUAUUUGAUAGUGUGACAUCACAAAAAGUUAACAUUGAUGGAGAUAAGUGUGUUGUUCCACAUGUUGAUAGGGUAUUUCAUAAUAUUGCGAAAAUAAAUGUAGAAUUGGUCACUUCAAAAUGGUCACAUUUAUUACAUUUUACAUUCAUAAUAAUGCC